AGGGAGAGAGAAGGAGAGGGAGGGAGAGCAGAGCGAGGAGCUACAGAGACAGCUGUUCCUCCGCGUGUAUGCUUCUCUUGUUUAUCUUCCCCAGCAGAGAGAGAGUGAGACAGACAGAGAGACAGACAGGGAGAAAGAGAGACAGGAAGAGAGAGACAAAGAGAGAGAAACAGAGAGACAGAGAGAGAAGCUGCCUGUGUUUGGAUUCGUCGAGCGUUCUGCGUGUGACUCUCACACUCUCUCCGUACAACCGCAAGGGGGGAUCGUCUCUGUUGCCACGGCGCCCGGGGGUUGAUGUGAAGCUGAGGUCGUCAGGGCUGCCGCUGGUUGAACCGACGCGGCGCUGGAACUACAGCCGAACGGGACGCUGUCUCUCUGUCUCCGUGUGCCGCCUCUGCCAGGCUGCGGCGCGCUCUGCGUGUUUGUGUGUUUGCUCGUGUGUGUGUGUGUGUGUGUGUGAGAGAGGAUUUUAUUGCUCCCCAGUAGGUCUGCCGUCCGUGUGGCGUUGUUCUGGGUUAGCGGGAGAGAGAGAAGCGUGUGUGUGUGUGAUGUUAGAGGACAGUCCAGUGUGCUAGUGUUUGCUUCAGGUCCAGUCAGCAGAUUCCGGAGGGGUCAGGCGCUAGAUCCUCACAUCUCAGUCACAGUGGAGCAUUCAGAACGGAACCAAACAGAACCUCACAAGCUUGCUGUCAGAGCCUCGCGCGGGGUCAGUGACACACGCGCACACAGUUCAGCACGCGGAUAUCCUCUGUGAUAUUCAGUCUACGUCAGACUCGCGUUUCACAGGGUUCGUGUCAGCCGCUGAGGGAAUUCUGUUGCUAGGAGUCGGCUAUUGUUUGGGUUGUUUUGGUUGCCGGGUGAUCCCCGGUGUUGUUGGCCACGCCGACCGACAGGCAGGCAGCCUUGGACGGAGACUGAGUCCGCUUGUAUAGAGAGAACGCGUCUCCCAUUGAUAGGUCUCUCUGGGAGGCGUAGUAAAGACCCACUGGAGCGUGAAACUGUUUGAGGGAAGUGUGUGUGUGUGUGAGGGAGGGAGAGAGAGAAGUGGGAGCAUCUGUGUGUGAUCAACAGUGUGUGUGUGUGUGUCCGUCUGUAAGACACACGUUGUACGUGUGUGUUGAAGAGGAGAGAAGACCUGUGUGUGUGAGGACCCACGUGGGCCCAUGCUGUGCCCGGCAUCCUGCCUGCCCCUGCUGAGGGAUCUGGCACACUGGCGCUGCCUGCUGGGGUGGCACCGCCAGCGAGGGGUGGGCAGCGCCGUGGCGGCAGGGCCGGGCCCGGGGUCAGAGGUCAGGGCCGGGGUCGGGGGCGUGACCAGACCCGUCUGCCGCGCCAGACCACAGACCGGGAGCAAGUACGCCUCCGCCGGCUGCCUGCUCUCCCUCCACCACAGCGAAAAGCCGGAGCACGAGGAGGUGUGCGAGUUCCGCCCCUACACCUGCCCUUGCCCGGGCGCCUCCUGCAAGUGGCAGGGCUCCCUGGACGCUGUCAUGCCCCACCUGAUGCACGCCCACAAGUCCAUCACCACCCUGCAGGGCGAGGACAUCGUGUUCCUGGCCACGGACAUCAACCUGCCGGGCGCCGUGGACUGGGUGAUGAUGCAGAGCUGCUUCGGGCAUCACUUCAUGCUGGUGCUGGAGAAGCAGGAGAAGUUCGAGGGCCACCAGCAGUUCUUCGCCGUGGUGCUUCUCAUCGGCACGCGCAAGCAGGCCGAGAACUUCGCCUACCGGCUGGAGCUGAACGGGAACCGGCGGCGCCUGACCUGGGAGGCCACGCCGCGCUCCAUCCACGACGGUGUCGCGGCCGCCAUCAUGAACAGCGACUGUUUGGUGUUCGACACCUCCAUCGCGCACCUGUUCGCCGACAACGGCAACCUGGGGAUCAACGUCACCAUUUCCAUGUGCUGAGGGGUGUGAACGCACACACACACUCGGCGCACGCACACACACACACAAUACUUUCUGGAACACACACACACACGCUCUGGAAAUGCUCUCGGUCUUAUUAUGGUGGGACAGACUGCUGUCUUGUGUUGAAUGCCCCUCCCUACCUCACACACACACGCAUGCACACACACUCAUACACACACAAGGGGCAGAGACCGGCGUACUGAUGUCUUCACAAAGCAGUAGAGGGUUAUGAAUGAGGGAUGAGGUGAAAAGGGUGCGCGUGUGUGUGGCAAGGGAGUGUGGGCACUUCGAGAGUCUCCAUGUGGUGGACUUGAUUGACUUCAUUAACGCCCAAUCCCUGCUCUUCUCCAAGUCCAACUUCCCGCCCAAUAGCCCCUCCACCGCCCAGCCAGCCAAUGCCAGGCCAGGAUGCAGGGGGAGUCUGGUCACGGUGACUUCUCCCUACGGAACCUCACCACAGCCAAUCGUGUUUCAGCAAACUGUUCUGUUGACCAAUCAAAGGCUUCUGAAGCGCUUGUUCGCGUCUAGGAAGCCAGUAGUCUUCCUGUCAAGCUUGCUCGUUUAUAUCUCUCCCCAGACUGUUUUCUACAUGUGACCACAGAAGCAUGAUGACGAUGAUGAUGAUGAUGAUUACGACACAUGAAGCAGUCUGAUUGUAAGGUGUCUGUCUAGCGUCAUAAACCUGAACUAAAGUCGUUAAGGUGACAUAAUGCUGCCAUAAACUUGAUAUGAAACCUGUCCGAGCGCUGUACUGCAUAAUGCUAUGUUUAACCAUAACCAGAAUAUAAUGGGGUUAUGUACCACAGAGACCACUAAUUAUUGCGCGUUAUUAAAACUCCCUAAUAAUUGACAGGUGUCAAGUCUUGUUUAACAUGGCAUUAUGUAGCCUUGUGGAUGUGUGUGUGUGUGUGUUGCUGUGUUUUUGUGCACAGGAAGGGCAUCAAUAACACUUGAAUGUUCGUGUGAAUAUGAAGGUUAAGUCAGCAGUUGUGAAGCUAUGUUUGGUAGCUGACUCUUAACAAGUAACACAAGACUUGUGUCUUGUGUUACUUGUGUCUUUAAACUGCAUCUCCUUUUAACAACACUGUGGAGCUGUUUCUGCAAAAGGCAGAUGUGUGUGUGUUGUACAUAUACACGCACACACACACACACACGGUACUUUAUUUGAGUCAUUAGAUCUACUCAAACAGUUCCAUCAGAUGUGUUUCCGUAGAAUCCGGAAUCUUCUCAAGACUCCGGAAUCUUCUCAAGACUCCGAUGUGGAGGGUUCUUCUUGGUCGGUCAGCCUUCUACAGCCGUACUGCUCUUGUGUUGAACCCUUCUGGUCAUCUGCCAUCACCCCCAGGUGCUGGUGUUGGUGCUGCCCAGGGUGUGCAGAGGACAGCUGGGCCAGGCGCACCCGGAAACCUGCUUAUCUUGGGGGAUAUUGGGCGUAUCCAUCUUGGAUGAGAGUGGGACGUUGAGUGUAGCUUCUAAAUCGCCUCUGGAUCAGUGGUGUCUGGAGUCUAUGAGGCUCUUAAUAGACAUGGCCCAUCGCCAUAGUGAAUGGCCUCAGGAGGCAUCCCAUAAUGCUCCAUCUAACAAACCAUCCGAACGACCCAAUGGAGGAACCCAUCGAAUCACCAUGACAACAUACCUCUCAUGACGACAACAACGGACAUGUCUGUUGCCCCAUUGGAACGCUGGUGUUCCACUGGGGCCCUGCAGUCUACCCACAAUCCCCCCUGUUUGCCCACAAUCCACUCUGCCUCCGAACCCAUCACCUCGCUACUCCGUUCUGUCUUUCUUAUAAAUAUUGAAGAUUUUAUGUUUAAUCUUAUAUUUUCUACAUAAAAAAGAUAGGAAAAAAAACUUUGAAAAAAACUUGUAGAGAAAGUCGAUGUUUUCAGUUGUUGUGUAACGUCUGUGCUAAGUUGCUGCGUUGUAAAGAGGCGUCAAGGUUACUUUAGCAUUUUAAUGUGUUGCUGCUAACUGAUAUAUUCUCCAUUAGCCUAGAUUACACAUCAUAUUCUUGUCCAGAUCACAUAAUCCAUGUUUUACAGGAAUAAUGCCUUUUUGAACUUGAUAAUAUAAAUCUAACACCCAUAAUAUUUUUUAUCUCCUACAAGUGUUAACACCUAGUGAUCACCGUUCUGUAUGACGUGUCUGAUUGUCAGAACACCGAGUAGGAACACAGGUGAACGUUCUCUCAUACCUGUCAUGUCGGCCUAUGUCAAAGCAGUAGGCCUAUUCCAUAACUCUAGGCCUACAGUAAUUUCUGUGGAAACACAUGACUACCUGUUACAUAGGCCUACACCAUUUAAUCCGUAGGCUAUCUUUUAUACCAAUCGACAAUUAUUAAGUUAAACCGGAUCCUGUGAUGGUUUCUACAGCAGAAACAGGGGCAACCUCGUUUUUCAGACGACAAAAAAUACUGUCUUUUGCGAACUAUUGUCAACUGCCUGAAAGCCAUAAUGUAAUAUCUGCAUAGCCUAUUUGUUGAAUCCAGAGAAGAAGACCUUAGUUUGUGAUCAGAGCUGACUGUAUGUUGCAGAUACAUCUCUAAUUUCUGUUGAAGGAAAUUUCUGUUGUGAUUGACAGCGGUGUUUAAAUAAUGGAUCUUCUGAGGAUUUAUUUUAAUUUUUGUAAUGUAACGUGAUCAUAAAACCUUGUGGUUUGGAGGGCGGGCGUGUUUUUGAAAAGACUAUCCCUGAGUUUUAACAAGUCCUUCUAUCUGACUGUAGUGCACAUAGCCGGUCCACACAAUACUUUCCAACCGGUUUUUGGGGAGCCUAAAGCUGGUGCUGGGGACAAGGGACAGCUCACCUUUCAGUCCCGCUACCCCUCCCCAGCCUCGAGGGAUGAGUCCGUUUUAACCCCACACAGAUAGCAUACAGAUACCACCAUCAUCCAGUGGAGUAACCUACAAAAUGGCGUGUUGUAGGCUCUUCCUCCAGCUUGACACUGGGAUAAACGCAAUCAAUGACAUUUACCACGUUCAAAUGCCAGCGGUCGUCUCAUUCAAACUCGUAACCCAUCUUAUCGGAAGUUCAAACGGUUUUUUUGGCCCCCCGAGGCUAAUAAUCAUACACAGUAUUUUAUAUACGCUACCGCUUUUAUGUCUGACAUGUUAAUUUAUUCAUGGGAUUUGUUUCCGUAGCGACGCUACACUGUUAAUGUCGCUUUUCAAAAAGAAUGCUGCAGGUCAAAUUGUGGAGAUUAAAUCAGUUGACUUGCAACCCUGUUGAUCAGGUCUCAGUUUGUACAUAUGGUUCACUGUUCAGUUCUUUAUCUUAAAUAUUAAGCCUGUUCGUUGGUUCUUAAUUGAAAUUACAAAUUGUGUAUUGUUCUUUUGGACGGUAAAUGUUGUUUCUCUGGCUGGUGUUUCUUUUCUUUUAACCCAAAGUUAUUUCUUUAUUUUUGGAGAAUAGCGAGCUUCCCAUAUUUACUAUUUUGAUCUCUGUAUCCACUGAAAUCCAACUGAAAUAAAAUAAAAUUAAAAAUAUU